CAACGCGGUUUAACGAGGCUGUGCGCUCAUUGGAAAGUCAUUUGUUUCCAAUGGAUCUGGCUGUCUGGAUUGGAUAGCUGGAUUACGCCCCCAAAYUGACAAGGUGGAGUUGGAAGAAAUUACAUGAGUGAGAAAAUGAAACCGUCAAAUAGGCUACUCGACUUUGCAAAUAGGAGCACCACUAAAAGUAUAGGCCUAUCCAUGGAAUACAAUUCCAGUAUCGUUUUCGCAAUCUGUCAACAGUUAGCGCUGGCAUGAAUAUAUGUUUAUGACACUUUCUUUCUCAAAAUGUUCAGUAGGCCUUAACACUGCAGAUUGUUAUUAAAUGUUAUAGUUAUUAUGCUAUACUUUGAAAUUAGUUUGAUGAUACAACAGCUAACUAAAAUUCCACUUAGAUAUAGGCAGCUGUCUGGGACAAAUAACUUUUACUAWAGUAUCGGUAGUCUAAAAGAUUUGCACUCGCUCAUUGUCCUCGGUUGGCAACGGCGGGUCGGAGAGCUAAAUGUGGAAAAAUAGUAUGGCUGUGGGUGAUGCGUUCGGCAGCGGGGAGAGAUCGAAAAUGCGGAUGUCUUUGCUAAGAGAAAUGGUCGGAUCGAGAGAGCUACGCGUUGAGUGGAAGGAGAAAGCAAGUGAGAUGGAGGCGGGGGGAAGUUCCCAUCUCUGCGGGGACUGGAGCGCCUGUGCCCUGGACCGGCGGCGCAGUGCUGGCUAACAUUCAACCCAACCCUUGUUCCACAACGAGCUCGACUCACGCUGAGACAGUCUUCAUGACCCAUCCUCGCCACACGGCUACAAAACCUGGUUUACCCGUGUUCAACAACAGCUGAAAGAAAAGUCGGGGUGGAUAGAACCGUAUCACGGUUAAAGAAAGUACAGAUGAAUGGAGAAAUGGACGCGUCCACUAAAGACCAAGUGUGGACGCAGGACGACCUUCUGAAUCUGCUAGAGGCCAUGAAAGUCAAUCUUCCCCAGAAGGACCUGGCCAAGUACAAGACRUCGGAGUCCCAUYUGGACUGGGARAAGGUGGCCUUCAACUCAUUCACAGGAGAGAUGUGCAAACAGAAGUGGAACGAGGUCUCCAAAGUGAUCCGUAAAUUUCGCACAUUAACAGAGCUGAUUUUCGAUGCCCAAGACUUCAUCAAGAACCCGUAUAAGGGCAAGAAGCUGAAGGUGAGCUGCAUAUCCUCUUUUUAUGAUAGACACUAUCAGUUGAUACUUUCACAGGUGACACAUUAUUUUCUUAGCAAAUUCAGUCAUCUGAUGAAACUGAUUUGA